UGAAUGUGAAAGAGAUUAGAAAGGUGACAUAAUAAUACUGUCACAUCCUUUGGCUGCGACUGGUGAGGAGGAGGAAAGCCAAGUUGUUUUGCUCUUCUCUCUCUAUAUAAUUAAAUAUUUUCCAGCAUUGGUUGACAGAAUCAUUUAUAAGAGAGUUCGUGAAACUCUUGUGUUGUCUAUGUGUUUGGCUUAUCCCAUUAAAUAAACAAGAACACAUCGCAUCGUCUCCACCUCUUCCUAAUCAUUUUUUUGUAUUGUCUCCAUUUGUUUCGGAGGUUGGUUUUGUUUUGAACAAAUGGCGGAAGAGUAUGCAGAGUGUUUGCUGGAGAACAAGUUCCAUGAAAAUUGCCCUGGCUGCAAGGUUGAUCAGUUGAAGAGGCUUCGCCGUGGCUUCCCUUUCUCCGAGCUUCUUACCGUUUGGCUCAUCGUCUUGUGUACCGCUCUGCCCAUUUCCUCUCUUUUCCCAUUUCUUUACUUUAUGAUUGGUGAUUUUAACAUAGCAAAGAAGGAAGAAGACAUUGGGUUCUAUGCUGGAUUUGUUGGUUGCUCUUUCAUGCUGGGACGAACGAUGACAUCUGUCAUCUGGGGCAUUGUGGCUGAUCGUUAUGGUAGAAAACCAGUAAUCCUCAUAGGAACUGCUUCAGUGGUCAUUUUCAAUACUCUGUUUGGCCUAAGUGUAAACUUCUGGAUGGCCAUCAUCACAAGGUUUUGCCUUGGUAGUUUCAACGGCUUACUUGGUCCUAUAAAGGCUUACGCAAUGGAAACAUUCCGUGAUGAAUAUCAGGGUUUAGCACUCUCAGCUGUUAGUACAGCAUGGGGCAUUGGCCUCAUCAUUGGUCCUGCUAUGGGAGGUUUUCUUGCUCAGCCUGCAAAGCAAUAUCCAAGUUUAUUCUCAGAGGAGUCGGUUUUUGGGAAGUUUCCAUACUUCUUGCCGUGCUUAGCAAUAUCUUGUUUUGCACUUUUGGUUACUAUAAUUUCAUUGCGGAUUCCGGAAACAUUGCACAAUCACAAGAUUGAUGAUGAUGAUGCAUCAUCACCUGAUGAGUCUUUUGAUGCUCACAAAGUUUUGUCUCAUGACCCUGAAUCUCAUAAAGCGACAGAGAGAAAUGAAAAAAGCUCUCUUCUAAAGAACUGGCCACUAGUUUCAUCUAUUAUCGUCUACUGCAUCUUCUCACUUCAUGAUAUGGCUUACACAGAGAUCUUUUCAUUGUGGGCAAACAGUCCGAGAAAAUAUGGAGGUUUGGGAUACUCAUCUGCCGAUGUUGGUUCUGUUCUUGCAAUUUCAGGGUUUGGUCUCCUUAUCUUUCAGCUUUCGUUCUACUCUUACGCCGAGAGGCUCUUAGGACCAACCAUGGUGACACGUAUCUCUGGGAGUUUGGCUUUAGUUCUCUUGUCAACUUACCCUCUAAUAGCAAAGCUAUCUGGUUUAGCCCUUACCCUGGCACUAAAUUGUGCAUCCGUCGCAAAGAAUGUUUUAGCCACUUCUGCUAUUACUGGUUUAUUCAUACUUCAAAACAAGGCCGUUAGACAAGACCAAAGAGGAGCAGCUAAUGGGAUUGCCAUGACAGCGAUGUCACUUUUUAAAGCAAUAGGUCCAGCAGCAGCAGGCAUCAUCUAUUCUUGGAGCGAGAAACGUCUGGAUGCUGCUUUUCUCCCUGGCACACAAAUGGUAUUCUUUAUCCUCAGCACUGUCUUGGCACUCGGAGUUGUAAUGACGUUCAAACCAUUUCUUGCCCAAACACAACACUAGAUAUCAAUGAGAUUUUGAUUGUAGUAGAAUUACAUACCACUGGUGUAUUUUGAUUUAAGAUUGUAUUAGUCUGAUGCCAAGUUAGAUCAGAGAUUUGUUUAAAAGAUACAUAGUUACGAGAACACAACUUGUUUCAGUGUAUUACCAUAUCAGUAAUACAAAAAUAAAGUAAAAAAAAAUGAACACGGUUCUGCGCCUUAA